UUCUCUUCUGAUCCUUUGCCCUCUUGCGUUCUGCAUCGGAGCCCAGCCAAGAUGAAGUUCUUCAUUGAUGAUCUUCCGGUGCUGUUUCCGUAUCCUCGCAUCUACCCCGAACAAUAUGCCUACAUGUGCGAUCUCAAAAAGACCCUCGACGCAGGGGGUCACUGUGUGCUGGAAAUGCCCUCGGGAACUGGCAAGACAGUUUCACUAUUGUCAUUGAUUGUCGCAUACCAACAGCACUACCCGGAGCACCGCAAGCUCAUCUACUGUUCCCGAACCAUGUCGGAGAUCGAGAAAGCUUUAGCGGAGUUGAAGGCUUUAAUGGAACAUCGUGCUAAGGAGCUGGGCCAUGAGGAGGAAUUUCGUGCGCUUGGCCUGACCAGUCGGAAGAACCUCUGUCUUCACCCUUCGGUAAAGAGAGAGAAGAGUGGUACCGUGGUUGAUGCCAGGUGCAGAAGCUUGACGGCGGGGUUUGUCAAGGAGAAAAAGGAGCGUGGUGAAGAUGUUGAGCUUUGCGUAUACCAUGAGAACCUUGACUUACUCGAACCACAUAACCUCGUUCCCCCGGGAGUUUUCACACUGGACGGAUUGGCAAGAUACGGAGAAGAGCACAAACAAUGUCCCUACUUCUCCGCUCGGCGUAUGAUGCCGUGGUGCAAUAUUAUUAUCUAUUCCUAUCACUAUCUUCUCGAUCCGAAAAUUGCCGAACGAGUAUCCCGAGAGCUCUCGAAAGAUUGCAUUGUGGUCUUUGACGAAGCGCACAACAUCGAUAACGUCUGUAUCGAAUCGCUCAGUAUAGACAUAAGCGAGGAUUCCCUACGAAAAGCGACUCGGGGUGCCAACAACCUGGAGCGCAGGAUCGAAGAAAUGAAAAGCACGGAUGAGGAAAAGCUCAAGAACGAAUAUUCAAAAUUAGUGGAGGGGCUGCAGGAAGCUGAGAAGGCCCGGGAAGAAGAUCAAUUCAUCUCGAAUCCGGUCUUGCCAGAUGACCUACUAAAGGAAGCUGUUCCUGGUAACAUCCGCAGGGCCGAGCAUUUCAUCUCUUUCUUGAAGAGAUUCAUUGAGUAUCUGAAGACUCGGAUGAAGGUCACCCAUACCAUAUCCGAGACACCCCCUUCUUUCCUCACUCACCUAAAAGACCUUACCUAUAUUGAACGAAAGCCUUUGAGGUUUUGCGCCGAGCGUUUAACGUCACUUGUACGGACGCUGGAACUUGUCAACAUUGAAGAUUAUCAGCCUCUUCAAGAGGUAGCCACAUUUGCAACACUGGUCGCAACUUACGACAAGGGAUUCGUUCUUAUCCUUGAGCCCUUCGAGUCCGAAGCGGCUACUGUGCCAAAUCCCAUCCUCCAUUUCACGUGCUUGGAUGCUGCCAUUGCUAUCAAGCCGGUAUUCGAUCGCUUCAGCUCUGUGAUCAUUACCUCGGGAACUUUGUCGCCCUUGGAAAUGUAUCCGAAGAUGCUGGGGUUCACCGCUGUUCUGCAAGAAUCAUACAGCAUGACACUCGCUCGACGAUCUUUCUUGCCCAUGAUUGUCACUCGAGGCUCAGAUCAAGCACAAGUUUCAUCUUCGUUUGGAAUUCGCAAUGACCCUGGUGUUGUGCGAAACUACGGAAGUCUAGUGACCGAGUUUGCCCGCAUCACACCCGACGGCGUUGUUGUUUUCUUCCCCUCUUAUCUUUACAUGGAAUCAAUCAUCAGCAUGUGGCAAGGUAUGGGUAUUCUGGAUCAAAUCUGGAACUACAAAUUGAUUCUCGUCGAAACUCCUGAUGCACAAGAAUCUUCACUCGCCCUGGAGACCUACCGAACAGCGUGCUGCAAUGGACGUGGUGCGAUCUUGUUCUGCGUCGCUCGAGGCAAGGUUUCCGAGGGCAUCGAUUUUGAUCACCAUUACGGUCGUGCAGUGCUGUGUAUUGGUGUUCCCUUCCAAUACACUGAAUCACGAAUUCUGAAAGCUCGUCUCGAGUUCUUGCGUGAGAACUAUCGUAUUCGGGAGAACGACUUCUUAUCUUUUGAUGCGAUUCGACAUGCCGCCCAGUGUCUGGGUCGUGUCCUGCGUGGCAAGGACGACUAUGGAGUCAUGGUGUUAGCGGAUCGUCGAUUCGAGCGAAAGCGCCCCCAACUGCCUAAGUGGAUCAACCAGGCAAUGUUGGACAGCGAAACCAAUCUCAGCACAGAUAUGGCUGUAUCAAAUGCCAAGAACUUCCUGCGAACCAUGGCUCAGCCUUUCAAAUCGAAAGAUCAAGAAGGCAUUUCUACCUGGGGCUUGGCCGACAUCGAACGCCAUGAGGCAAAGAGGAGGACGGAGGAAGAGCGGAUGAUGAGAGCGGAGGUGAAUAACGGGCAUGCAAUGGGUGGAAUGAUCCCAUCCGCAUCCCGGAUCGUCGAGGAUGAAUACGACGACAACAUUGAUGCGGACCUCAUGAUGCUCGAUGCGCCAUAAAUAAUGUUAUUUGUUCUUUACAUAAUGAUGCAUCUACUGGCAUGGACAGGGCGUUUGGAAUGGGGCGUGG